CCCGCCCCGCAGCUCCAACUUUGCAACAGCGCGCUGUUACGACUCACAGACGAAAAUGGCCAGCCAACAGCAAGUAAACCCCAAGAGGCAACAGGAGCUCCAGCUCCAAUACUCAAAUUACAAAAACACACUGCAACAAAUGGCGCAGAAGAUCGGAGACAUUGAGCAGGAAGCUGAGGAGCAUAAGCUUGUCAUCGAGACACUCGAACCCCUCCCUGAAGAGAGAAAGUGUUUCCGCAUGGUGAAUGGUGUGCUGGUUGAGCGGAGCAUCAAGGAUGUUUUACCUACAUUGAAAACCAACUCCGACGGCCUGAAGCAAGUAUUGGAAGAGCUGCUGAAGCAGUACAAGUCUAAGCAGACGGAAAUGGACAACUGGAAGAAAAAGAACAAUAUCCAAGUCGUACAACCUUGAACCCAAUUUGAUUUGUAUUAGCGAUUCGUUAUCUCUUUCUACGCCCCUUUUCUAAUGUCUAUAUUGGUUCAUCGGGAGAUAGAGGGAGAAAAAAAUGGCGUUACCAGGAGUCUGAAAACAAGCCCAAAUGUUUAAACAGGCCUCGUAGCCUUUGUGCUAGAGCCGCGAUAGAAAUCACCUACGUCGCGAAACCGGCCAAUUAGUCCAGUUUUGUAUACAAUGCCAGCUUAUGGAACUAG